AUGCUCGUAACCGUAACGGAAACUGUGAGUUAUGGUUCGUAUCCCGUCGCUCGUAAAAGACCAACGAAUUCUUCGUUAGGAACCGGAUCGGAUCUUACGACCGUAUCCAAAAAUAUGAUCCGUGUCAAGGAAUCAAUUGGAAGAGUAUCGGAAGCGGAUGGCCGGAUACGAGGUCAGAUUCCGAUUACAGGAAAUUAUUGGAAAGCCACUGAUCUCGCUCGUUCUUGCCGUACAGUUUUGAUAUGGGCUAAUUCCUAUUCUAUUAAUCAAAAAGCGACUCACUAUUCCUAUGAAGCAAUUCUUCGGACAUCUACUGGAUCAAGUGCAAAAUGGGAGAAAAAUUCCACAAGUCGUUCAAGGUACAAGAACGCAACUACCAAUUGUACCUGCCUUCGCUAUAACUACAUACAAGGUGUAAGGACUUACAAUGAACAAAAUGGUAGUCGAUCUUCAAGUUCCACCGGGGUCACUGUAAGUAGCGUCGAUAUAUGUACCACUCAGCAGAGUGAAGAAAGGGGAUGA